UGCUGACAGGAGGCGGCGGCGGCGGCGGCCGAGGAGGAGGUGGAGGAGGAGGAGGCGAGGCAAGACCUUCGGGCUUCGCCCGGACACUGCCGCUGUAUCGCUGAGGCAAACCCACGGAGCCAAGCCGGCCUCAGCCCGCCCGCGGACCUCUCGCCUUCAGUAUACCCUUCCAUCCACCCACCUGUCCGCCCGACUAGUCCGGGGCGGCCUAGUCUGCACCACCUGCCGGGCUCCUGGGGCCGCCGCCCCGUGCGGUACAGUCGGCGUCCCCCGGCCGCGCCCGGCUCCUGGCCCGCUCGCCCGCCGGCACCAUGAUGGAGGAGAUCGACCGGUUCCAGGUGCCCACCGCGCACUCGGAGAUGCAGCCGCUGGACCCAGCCGCCGCUUCCAUCUCAGACGGAGACUGUGACGCCCGGGAGGGUGAGUCAGUAGCCAUGAAUUACAAACCAUCCCCUCUCCAAGUGAAGCUGGAGAAGCAGCGGGACCUGGCCCGGAAGGGCUCGCUGAAGAACGGCAGCAUGGGUAGCCCUGUCAACCAGCAACCCAAGAAGAACAACGUCAUGGCCCGAACGAGGCUGGUCGUCCCCAAUAAAGGCUACUCCUCACUUGAUCAAAGUCCAGAUGAGAAGCCACUGGUAGCUCUUGAUACAGACAGCGAUGAUGACUUUGACAUGUCCAGAUACUCUUCCUCUGGAUACUCCUCUGCUGAGCAGAUCAACCAAGAUUUGAACAUCCAACUGCUGAAGGAUGGCUACCGGUUAGACGAGAUCCCUGAUGACGAGGACCUAGACCUCAUCCCCCCCAAGUCUGUGAACCCCACCUGCAUGUGCUGCCAGGCCACCUCCUCUACCGCCUGCCACAUUCAGUAGCAGGUGGGGCCACCACGGCUGCAUGGAGCAGGGCCAACUUGGGCCAGGUUGGAUGGGGUUCCCUCCUCACCUCAUCCACCUGCCCCCAGCCUGCAUCCCAUGCAGCCACCAACCUCGUAACAGUCAUUGCUUCCUCCUAUGGUAGGACGUGUACCUCUGUGUGUUCAUGGAGCAGGAGAAACCAAAACCGAGUCUCUUUCUACCCUGGGGGCCAAGGAGGGUUGGGGGUGUUUGUUCAGUCAUUUGUGGGACCUCACCCCGCACCCAGCCCACCUCUGCAAAGUUGAAGUCCAAGCCAGGGACUAGACACAGGGAGGCCAACAGUAACAAUGGAGGUGAGGUGAGGGGGAUCACAGGGCCAGAGGGUUGACCCCACCCCAUUGAAGCCAUGAAUCCCCCAGCCACAGCCUAGCCAGGAAAUGGAUUUGAGUGGAGAAAGGCCCAAGUCAAUGGGGGCAGGUUCCAGCACCUCACAGCCCCCUCCAAGCACCCUCUACCAGCCCAUAUACCUAGUGUUUUCUCCCUCAUCUUCAGCCUGGCAAAGCUGCCUAAGGGAAUAUUGUCCCCCACCCAUCAGAUUGCAGUCUUCUUCGUCAUCCCAUUCAUCCUCUUCCUUGCUCUCUGGGUAUGGAGAUGGGUAAGGUGGACCUGAGAGAAAGGCCAGAGUUGGAGAGGUUAUGGCCUGUUCUUACUGGCCCAUAACCAAUGCAUUCAUCUCUCUGUCUCCCUGGUCUUUGCCCUGGAUGCUUCUGUGCAUUGGUUCCAACUAGAAGCACAGUGUUAAGUCUGGCCUUCAAGACCCUGUUUCCAGCUCACCCCUAGCCCAGUCUGGGAGGCUAGUUCCCAGAAAGACUCUUCAAGAAGCACGCUUAGAAAAACAAAGCGGGUGGAGUGACUGCAUGAAGUACUGGGCAGUGUGUGUGUGUGUGUGUGUGUGUGUGUGUGUGUGUGUGUGUGAGAGGGGGGGGGGAGGGAGGAGAGAGAAGGACACAGAGGCUGUCAGGGUGUAUGUUUGAAUGUCUGCAUCUCUGUGUUGGACCUGUGUCUUCAGGUGUCUUUUCCUGAGGCAUAUCUGAUAUCCACAGUGAAAAAGUAGCUCUGGUCUGUUUGCAGUGUGAGAAACUGCUCAGUAGUGGAAGGGUCUAGAGUAGCAGUCAGAAAUCUGGGCUUUAGCUCUGGCACUCUCCUUGUGAUCUUCAGCAAGCCAUGAGCUUUCUCUGGGCUUUGCCUCUCAGCUGUGAUUAUUCUCUUAAGGUCCUUGAAGACCUGAAAGGAAUUUCUUUAUAAGAUUUUCUAUGGAGAAGUCUGUUUCUAUGUGGGAAGGAGGUGUUUCCAGAAGUACAUGUGGAUCUGUUUGGAAAGAUGUGUGUGUGUGUGUGUGUGUGUGUGAGUGUGUGUGCAUGCACGUGCAUACACAGGUUUUUGUUGUGUAUAUGUCUCUAUAGGGAUUUGUGGAUUGAAAUAAUGCCUACUGCUGCUUCUGCUGCCCUGAUGCUUAGCAAAGCUAAGGAUGCAAAUCAAGAGAGAGGCAGUGAAGAGAACCCUUCCUUGGGCUGGGAAAUAUAGAACUGCCCCCCAGGUGAAGAAAAGUAAAAGCAGGUAGCUCCAGAUGGCUCAGGACUAUGUCCUUUAAACCUCCUUCCACAGGGCCAAGGUGAACACUGCCCAGUUCUCCAUGCUGAUUCCCCACACAUGAUGGUGCAUCCACUGUCAUGGAUGCCACUCACAUGCUGCUGUCUGGAUGCCAGUCCUGGGAUAUGGGAGCUGACUGGGGGUGGUAAGAGGAGGAAGGGUAGCACCUCUCCCUGCACCAUGCCCAGGAGCUGCCAACUCCCCAACACUUCCAACCACCCUUAUCUCCUCUAGUUAGAAGAUGAGAAAAUACCAAAGGGAAUUAAGCAGAGAAGGUAUCUGCAGGGCCCACAAGGUCCAAACUGGCCCCCAUCUGAGCCCCACUCUCCCACCCAUCCCAUCCCUAUCAUCUGGUCCCCAGAGCCAGGACUCUCACUACCACCACCACCACCCUGGACUCCUUGACUCACCCUUCUAGAACAUGGGUACUUCCUCUCUUUUAGACUCCUGCCUUUGCUGCUGACUUACUGUAUGACCUAACCUAUUGUUCAAUUUCUAUGGCCCUAAGGAACCAAGAAAGAGCUCCCUGCCUACAAGAACAAACUAGUUCCUUGGUAGGCCAGGGUUUCUGGCUGAGGCAAUCUAUAUGUAAUUAGGUAGAUAUGAAGGGGAAAGGUAGGAAGCUGGCAGCCAGCAGCUCCUGCCUCUAGGGAGAGUGUGUGGUUCUCUCCUUCUCUGUUUGGGAGUUGGAGGGGAAGAACCAUGGCCUUAGCUUGCCCCCUACUCCCCCGUCCCCUUGUAGAUACUGCCUUAACAUCCCCCCCCACAACCCUCGGCUGUGGCUGCCACCCAGCGAGGUUUCUCCGUGCUAAUUUAUUUCCAGGAAGGUGUGUGGAAGACAUGAGCCGUGUAUAAUAUUUUUUUUAACAUUUCCAUUGCAGUAUUGACCAUCAUCCUUGGUUGUGUAUUGUGUAACACAAAUAAUGAUAUUAAAGGCAUCAAAAAAAAAAG